AUGAAGCUCUAUUAGUAAUAUUCCUGUAUUUUUUUGAUUUAAAAUCUGUCAUUGGCCCAAAUGUUUCAUCCGGUCUAAUUAAAAAAUCACAUGCCGAUCGUGUUCAUCCGAUAUUCCGAUCUACCAUUUCUCAACCGCUCAUCUCUCGGCCAGACGGUCGUUCGCUGUAUUGCUCUCUCCGUUUCCAGAGCUCCUCUUCCCCUAGGUCGGACGCAGUCUACACUACGCCGUUCGUCUAGUAUCCCGAGUUCAUGCGGAAUACAAAAUGAUUAAACAAGUACUUUGUCGGGGAUGUGAAAGUCAUUGAACAAAGCAUGAGGACUUAACUGACAGUUGCUGCACAUCUCUGAGUAGAAGAAUGAGAUAGGAGAUUUUAAGGAACAAGCUCAUUUCUUCUAAGGCUCAAAAGUUGAAAGAGUGUACAGCAUGGUAAUGGAUACAACCAUGUCACUUUUGAGGGAUAGAUUGAAACUUGCAUCUGAUUGGGUGGAAUCAACAUUUGAGGCUCCUUUUUCAGGAGCUAUUCUUUUCGGAGUGCCUGUUGGGGGGCAUCUUUUUAUGGAGGGACUUCUUUUGGUGGUCAUCUUAUUUCUUCUCUCCCAGAAGAGUUAUAAGCCACCCAAAAGGCCAUUGACAAAGAAGGAAAUUGAUGAGCUAUGCGAAGAAUGGACCCCAGACCCUCUUAUUCCUACAAUCACAACUGAGAUGACACAUGAACCUAAAGUCUUAGAAAGUGCUGCAGGACCCCAUGCUAUAAUUGAUGGCAAAGAAGUUGUAAACUUUACUUCAGCAAAUUAUCUUGGUUUGGUUGGACAUGAAAAGAUUCUUGAAACAUGCACUACAGCACUGGAAAAGUAUGGUGUUGGGUCUUGCGGUCCUCGUGGGUUUUAUGGAACAAUUGAUGUUCACCUAGAUUGUGAAGCCAGAAUAGCAAAGUUUAUAGGGACGCCUGAUUCUAUACUCUACUCUUAUGGACUUUCUACAAUGUUCAGUGCAAUUCCAGCAUUUUGCAAAAAAGGAGAUGUGAUUGUUGUGGAUGAAGGAGUUCACUGGGGAAUACAAAAUGGGCUUCAGCUGUCUAGGAGUACAGUCAUAUAUUUUAAGCACAACAAUAUGGAUUCAUUAAGGAGUACGCUGGAGAAAGUUAUUCAAGAGAAUAAGCGAGCUAAGAAAAUCAGACGCUAUAUUGUUGUGGAAGCAGUAUAUCAGAAUUCUGGUCAAAUUGCUCCAUUGGAUGCAAUCAUAAAACUUAAAGAACAAUAUAAGUUCCGUGUUUUACUGGAUGAGAGCAAUUCUUUUGGUGUUCUUGGCAGUUCAGGGAGAGGUCUUACUGAACACUUCAAAGUACCAGUUGAAAAGAUUGACAUCAUAACUGCUGCAAUGGGACAUGCAUUAGCCACUGAAGGAGGUUUUUGCACGGGUAGCAAUAGAGUCAUUGAUCAUCAGCGACUCAGUAGUUCCGGUUAUGUCUUUUCUGCUUCUUUACCUCCAUACCUAGCAAGUGCUGCAAUCACAGCCAUCAAUAUCCUGGAAGAAAAUCCUGCUCUCAUUACCAAACUAAGGGAAAAUAUCAAGACUAUCCUCACGGGUUUAUCAGAUAUAAAAGGUCUAGAUUUAGUGAGUGAUCCUCUUUCUCCAAUUGUAUUCCUCAAACUAAAGAAGUCAACUGGUUCUAUAAAGAGUGACCUACAAGUGCUAGAGGAUAUUGCUGAUCGAGUGCUGAAGGAAGAUUCAGUUUUUGUUGCGACCACUAAGAGAUCAACGCUGGACAAAUGCAAUUUGCCAGUGGGAAUUAAGUUGUUUGUCUCUGCUGGUCACUCAGAAUCUGAUAUGAUGAAAGCCAGUGAAUCUUUGAAAGGAGCUGCUGCAACAUUGUUGACCUGUCAAUAACUAGGCCCUGCAAUUUUACGCAUCAUCCAGCCAAAUUCUAAGCAACUCCAUGUUGAGGGUGUGAAAAAAAUCAAAUUUAUGUACCUUUUGUGGCAAUUAACUAUGCAUUUGCUGACAAUCGAUCAAUCUAGAGAUAGUUUGAUUGCAUGCGGGAGAUAUCUAUUGAUUUCAUUCUUGACAGAUUUUACAUACUAAUAAUUGUGUAUAUAGAAAAUGUACAGAGGAAUUGUUUUUUUAAUGGAAAUCGCUAAUUUGAUAUCAUAAUUAGUAUUUUGUAGAAAA